GCCGCGGGGACUGGAGGCGAGGCCGGCUGGGCCCCCGCAGCCAUGGAGAACGCGCACACAAAGACGGUGGAGGAGGUGCUGGGCCACUUCGGCGUCAACGAGAGCACAGGACUGAGCCUGGAGCAGGUCAAGAAGCUCAAGGAGAAAUGGGGCUCCAACGAGUUACCGGCUGAAGAAGGAAAAACCUUGCUGGAACUUGUAAUUGAGCAGUUUGAAGACUUACUAGUUAGAAUUUUAUUGUUGGCAGCAUGUAUAUCUUUUGUUUUGGCUUGGUUUGAAGAAGGUGAAGAAACAAUUACAGCCUUUGUAGAACCUUUUGUAAUUUUACUUAUAUUAGUAGCCAAUGCAAUUGUGGGUGUAUGGCAGGAAAGAAAUGCUGAAAAUGCAAUCGAAGCCCUUAAGGAGUAUGAGCCUGAAAUGGGCAAAGUGUAUCGACAGGACAGAAAGAGUGUACAGCGGAUUAAAGCUAAAGACAUAGUUCCUGGUGAUAUUGUAGAAAUUGCUGUUGGUGACAAAGUUCCUGCUGAUAUAAGAUUAACUUCCAUCAAAUCUACUACUCUAAGAGUCGACCAGUCAAUUCUUACAGGUGAAUCUGUCUCUGUCAUCAAGCACACUGACCCUGUCCCUGACCCACGGGCUGUCAACCAGGAUAAGAAGAACAUGCUCUUUUCUGGUACAAACAUUGCUGCUGGCAAAGCCAUGGGAGUGGUGGUGGCAACUGGAGUUAACACCGAAAUUGGCAAGAUCCGAGAUGAAAUGGUGGCGACGGAGCAGGAGAGAACGCCCCUCCAGCAGAAACUAGAUGAGUUUGGGGAACAGCUUUCCAAAGUCAUCUCCCUUAUUUGCAUUGCAGUCUGGAUCAUAAACAUUGGGCACUUUAACGACCCAGUUCACGGCGGCUCCUGGAUCAGAGGUGCUAUUUACUACUUUAAAAUUGCCGUGGCCCUGGCUGUAGCAGCCAUCCCUGAAGGUCUGCCUGCUGUCAUCACCACCUGCCUGGCUCUCGGGACUCGCAGAAUGGCAAAGAAAAAUGCCAUUGUUCGAAGUCUCCCUUCUGUGGAAACCCUCGGUUGUACUUCUGUUAUCUGCUCAGACAAGACUGGUACGCUUACAACAAACCAGAUGUCAGUCUGUAGGAUGUUCAUUCUGGACAAAGUUGAAGGUGAUACUUGUUCCCUUAAUGAGUUCACCAUAACUGGAUCGACAUACGCACCUAUUGGAGAAGUACAUAAAGAUGAUAAACUAGUGAAGUGUCAUCAGUAUGAUGGUCUUGUGGAAUUGGCAACAAUCUGUGCUCUCUGUAAUGACUCUGCUUUGGAUUAUAAUGAGGCGAAGGGUGUGUAUGAAAAAGUUGGAGAAGCUACAGAGACUGCUCUCACUUGCCUGGUAGAGAAGAUGAAUGUAUUUGAUACCGAACUGAAAGGUCUUUCUAAAAUAGAACGAGCCAAUGCCUGCAACUCGGUCAUUAAACAGUUGAUGAAAAAAGAAUUUACUCUAGAGUUUUCACGGGAUAGAAAAUCAAUGUCAGUUUAUUGUACACCAAACAAACCGAGCCGGACAUCCAUGAGCAAGAUGUUUGUGAAGGGUGCUCCUGAAGGCGUCAUUGACAGGUGCACUCACAUCCGCGUCGGGAGUACGAAGAUCCCCAUGACUCCAGGAGUCAAGCAGAAGAUCAUGUCUGUCAUCCGGGAGUGGGGCAGCGGCAGUGACACCCUGCGAUGCCUGGCCCUGGCCACUCACGACAACCCCCUGAGAAGAGAAGAAAUGAACCUUGAGGACUCUGCCAACUUUAUUAAAUAUGAGACCAACCUGACGUUCGUUGGCUGUGUGGGCAUGCUGGACCCUCCGAGGAUUGAAGUGGCCUCCUCUGUGAAGCUGUGCCGGCAGGCGGGCAUCCGGGUCAUCAUGAUCACAGGCGACAACAAGGGCACCGCCGUGGCCAUCUGCCGCCGCAUCGGCAUCUUUGGGCAGGACGAGGAUGUGACCACGAAGGCUUUCACGGGUCGGGAGUUUGAUGAGCUCAAUCCCUCCGCCCAGAGAGAAGCCUGCUUGAACGCCCGCUGUUUUGCUCGGGUUGAACCUUCCCACAAGUCUAAAAUUGUAGAAUUUCUCCAGUCUUUUGAUGAGAUUACAGCCAUGACUGGGGACGGUGUGAACGAUGCUCCCGCUCUCAAGAAAUCUGAGAUUGGCAUUGCCAUGGGCUCUGGCACCGCGGUGGCUAAAACUGCCUCUGAGAUGGUCCUGGCUGACGACAACUUCUCCACCAUCGUGGCUGCCGUGGAGGAGGGGCGGGCGAUAUACAACAACAUGAAGCAGUUCAUCCGCUACCUCAUCUCGUCCAACGUGGGGGAAGUUGUCUGUAUUUUCCUGACAGCAGCCCUUGGCUUUCCUGAGGCAUUAAUUCCUGUCCAGCUGCUCUGGGUCAAUCUGGUGACAGACGGCCUGCCUGCCACUGCCCUGGGGUUCAACCCUCCUGAUCUGGACAUUAUGAACAAACCGCCCCGGAACCCCAAGGAACCGCUGAUCAGCGGGUGGCUCUUUUUCCGCUACCUGGCUAUUGGCUGUUAUGUUGGCGCUGCUACUGUGGGGGCUGCCGCGUGGUGGUUCAUUGCUGCCGAUGGUGGUCCGAGGGUGACCUUCUACCAGCUGAGUCAUUUCCUACAGUGUAAAGAGGACAACCCGGACUUCGAAGGAGUGGAUUGUGCAAUCUUUGAAUCCCCGUACCCGAUGACAAUGGCGCUGUCUGUUCUAGUCACCAUAGAGAUGUGUAAUGCCCUCAACAGCUUGUCUGAAAACCAGUCCCUGCUGAGGAUGCCCCCUUGGGAGAAUAUCUGGCUCGUGGGCUCCAUCUGCCUGUCCAUGUCACUCCACUUCUUAAUCCUCUACGUGGAACCCUUGCCACUUAUCUUCCAGAUCACACCGCUGAAUGUGACCCAGUGGCUGAUGGUGCUGAAAAUCUCCUUGCCCGUGAUUCUAAUGGACGAGACCCUCAAAUUUGUGGCCCGCAACUACCUGGAACCUGGUAAAGAGUGUGUGCAGCCUGCUACCAAAUCCUGCUCGUUCUCGGCAUGCACCGAUGGGAUUUCCUGGCCCUUUGUGCUGCUUAUAAUGCCCCUGGUGAUCUGGGUCUAUAGCACAGACACUAACUUUAGUGACAUGUUCUGGUCUUGACUGACAGUUUUACAUAAAGAAGAUGUUUAACUUAAUCAAUUAAUUUUUUUAUUGUUUAAAGCAACUGUCUUAUUUCUGCUGAAUUUUCACAUGAACAUAUUGGCUGGUGAAGGAGGUUUCAUAUUCUAGAUUUUGUUUCGCUUUUUCUGACUCCAGUGGGGCAAGAGUUUCCUUUUUUUAUACACAUAAAGUGUCCAUUGACAUGUACAGAGAACUAACACUAUUUUAUGCAAAUAUUUUUUUGUAGAUGAAACAGCAUGUACAGUGUUCUGUUUAAUACUCAUCCUUGUAUAAAAAAAUAGUUGAGCCAGCAGACAUUGGCAGCAAAUUAAUUGGCAGCAGAUUUUAGGAAAUGAAUGUGUGUGGUUUUUUCUAAAACUAAAUAGCAUGUGUUGUGUCUUUUGCAUGGUCAUCUGGAUUUAAUCUGAGAUCACAGUCUUUUUAUUCGUAAGCCAAUUUUUCUGCACUGAGCAGAGUACUGCUACCUCAGUCAGUAUUUUUUGGUUUGCCACCCCUUCACCCUCUCAGCCCUCGUUCACCCCCACCCCCACCCCACCCCGCUCGGCUGCUUCUCCUGUAGGGUUUCGAUGGUUCUGUUUACAUCAGUCUUAACAAGAGGUAUGCCUGUUCUCGCUUGUGCAGAAAACAUUGUUUCAGAUUCAAUCGACUGGGUUCGUGUCCCCUCACGUAGUUUUUAAGGUUAUUUAUUUAAACGUCUAAUGUAUUUUAUUGUAACAGACAUUGUUUUGCCAAUAUUGCCUAUUUCAGUGGCACUUCACAAUCUAGUUUAAAAAGAAAAAUAAAACCUUUUAAAUGGACAGAGAAAAA